GCUGUCGACCCAGUUCGGGCUCAGUGGGUCCGGUUCGAGUCAUAUAUUUUAUUUGUUGUGCUGUCGCCAAACGAAACACGUCCAGCGCAUGCUCAAUGGGAAACCCGCUGCACGUUAGCUUAGCCAUAUUAGCUCCGGUGUUUCAGCUCCACUGAGGUUAGAUGGCCGCAGUGAAGCCGGGAUCAAAACAACCACAACGAGACCAAUCAACCCGGAACACCAGCUCCAGCUAAACUGGCACGAACUGAACCGAAACACCCUGAAAAGCAUCUGUAGUCUGUGCUGAACGUCGUAAUAAAUUGCCCAGGGACGUCCAGCUGAAGACACUCUUUGUCCUCUGGAUGUCAAAUCAAUGAAGACCAGUAGAGACGUGGCGGACGGCGGGCCAGAGGAAGAGGAAGCAGCACCUGGUUCAGGCCAGCCGGUGCUGACCUGGGGCUCGGUGGCUAUGGAAGCCAGUGAGUGCAGCGAUGCGGAGCUGGGACAGCUGGACAUGGACCUGGACAGGAAGUCCAGACAACACAACCUGACAUCCAGGAACGUGCGAGCCAUCCUACACGAGGUGAUAACACAUGAACACGUGGUCGCCAUGAUGAAGGCUGCCAUCAGGGACACUCAGGACCUGCCCAUGUUUGAGACCAAGAUGACCCGGUCCAGACUGAAGCAGGCUGUUCAGCAGGGACAGAGUUUCAACUGGACCCUGCCGACUCCAAGCCUGUCCAAGCCUCCUCAGUUUGUUGACAUUGACCUUGAGGAAGAUGAAGACUCCUCUGAUGAAGAGUACUGUCCUGAUGAAGAGGAGGAGGACACGGCUGAGGAGAUGUUUCUCAGUGAUGCCGACAGUCUCGCCUCACCUCCCAGAAUGCACCUGUGCUCUCCACCUGAACACCCAGACCAGGAGACCCGGGAACCUCAGGAGAGUGUUGCAGGUCAGGUGACAGACCAGGUGAGCAGCUCCUCUGGCGCUGGUUCCUCUGACAGUUCCUUCCUAGAGAGGCUAAACGCUGUGGAGGCGGAGCUAGACUGUAGCUCCGCCUACUCCUACGACCAGCCUUUGGACAGGAAGCCAGGGGCUGAUGAAGAGGAUGAUGGUGAUAAAGGCUGCCUGGCGUUCCGGACGCGCUCCAAGCUUCCUCUGGUCAACGUUCCUCUGGACCGCCUGGAGGCGGAGCUUCUGCCCCCUGACAUCACCGCGGACAUGUACGACCAGAGCCCCGCCCAGCUGGAGGACCGCCAUUGGACUGAAUGGUUGCAGGGUCUCUUGGCGCCUGGUCCAGAAGAGGAAGCUGAUGAUGAUGAUGACCCAGAGUACAACUUCCUGGAAGACCUGGAUGAGCCGGACCUGGAAGACUACCGGACGGACCGAGCCGUCCAGAUCACCAAGAAGGAGGUCAAUGAGCUGCUGGAGGAACUCUUUGACACGCUGCAGGAGGAAAAGCUUUUAGCUGAGGAGGAGGAACAGGAAGUCCCUUCAGUGCCCAAGUUUAACGUCCCGCAGGUUUUACGCUUUGAGGCUCCGUUAGCCGGGAUGCUGACGGAGCGGCGGAAGACGGUCCGGAAACAGUAUGAAGCCUUGCAGCAGAGGAGAGCUCUGCAGGACACCACCAACCAUCCCAGGACCACCAAGGGUCCGUCCGGCUCUCCACUCGUCGUCCUGGGAAACCUGACCGGCCCCGCCCUCCACACAGAUCCCUUCUUCCGAUUGGACCGCACCCAGAAACUGCAGCUGCAGCAGCAGGUGCAACAGCACGUCCAGCUGCUGACUCAGGUCCACCUGCUGAGCCGCCGAGUCCACGCCCUGAACCACGAGGCACACCUGACCAAACGCUACCUGGUUGGACGAUGUUUCGGUGGAGUGGAUCAGAUCAGUACUCAUUUCGUCCUGCAGGAGGAGCUGCAGCAGUUUGCUGGUCGUCAUGACGUCCUCUGUCCUCCCAGCAGCUUCAGAGCAUGUAACCUGCAGGGGGCGCUGGACCUAUUGAGGGAGGUGGAUCAGAGACAGCCCAGUCCGCCCUGUGGUUCUGGCUCUGGAGCCUCCAGGCGGCUCCUCCCCACCAUGACUCCCACCACUAGCAGUCACGCCUUCCCGCUGCUCCCUGCUGACGCCGCCUGGCUGUUUGCCACUCGACCCGUCUUCCUGUACCCGGAACUACUUCCUGUCUGCAGCCUGGACCCCGCCCUGCACAGCAGACGCCAACGCAGAGUCUACACCGCCGCAGAGGACGGGCUGGCGGUGCUGGGUCUGAAGCACUUCCAAGGGGCGCUGAAGGCUGACGAGCUGAUCAGCUCCUUCCUGCUCUGCAGGAGCCGUUCCGACUUCAGGAGGCGGAUCCGGGAGAUGAGCAGCCCCAGAGCGCCGCGGGACGGCGUCAUCAAGGUGUUUGUGACGCAGGGUGUCGUCCCCCCACUGCCCGUCGCUUGCUGCAGGGUCAGUCCAGGCAACCAGCGCCCCCCUGUGGACAGAGACACUUCCACCAUACCCAGAUGGUUGAAGAACAGCCAGUCGAUCAUCCAGAGGACCCGGAGAGGCGCCGGCGCAUACCCCCCGUCGCUCCCCCCUGGUGUCACCCUCAGGCUCCACCCCUCCUAUGGCAGGAAGUCCCAGGUCUCUCGCCGCACCCAGCGCCGCCUCUUCACGCUGGCCCAUAAUGCAUCUCUGCUCCCGCUCGCCAAAGCCCCAGCAGAGCAGGCGAUCAGCCUCUGUGGAACGCUACCAUUGGCUGCCGCUCGUCUAAGCCCCUCCCUCUCCCUACAUCAGGACAUCCAGCAGAAAUCAGCCCCCAGCACUGCAACCCCCACCAUGCCUUGCUCAGCAACAGCCCAGCAGCUGUGGACCCUUUCCUCUUCCUCCCAGCAUGCCGUGGGGCCCAACGUUCUCCGACCAAUCAGACAGCAGGAACCAGAGAGCUGCGUCCAUCCUCCAGAGGAAGACAAGGACAAUUCUUCAUCAUCACUGAGUCCGUUCUCCUCCAGUGCAGGAGAUGAGGAGGAGGACUGGUCGAAGAUGGCCGUCAGUCUAAAAGGAGGAGGAAGAGGAGGAGCGGUGGAGGUGGGGGGACAGGAGAGGACAGCGGACGAGGGAGAGCAGGAGGAGCCGGACGGAGACGGGGAGGAAGAGGAGGAUGAUGAGGAUGGGGGACGAGAGGACAGGAGGGGAGAGAGAGAGGAUGAUGGGGACAAGGAUCGUCGUGGUGGCGACGAGGAGGAGGAGGAAGAGGAUGACGAAGAGGAGGAAGAGGAAGACUUCGAUGACCUAACCCAAGACGAGGACGAGGAGGAAGUGAUGUCAUCAGCGUCUGAGGAGUCCGUCCUGUCGGUUCCUGAGUUGCAGGAGACGAUGAAACAGCUGACCUGGCUCGCGGCAGAGCGGCGGCUCUGCGACGGAGACUCAGAAGACGACCCGUCCUCGCAGGAGGACGAGGACGAGGAUGACGACGAAGCUAAGGGGGAGGAGCCAGCAGAAGGGCGGAGCUUCCAGACCAGCCUCGACAAGGACACGCCAUCCGGAGACAAGACGCCCCGGGGACGGCGGAGCGCGGGCCGGGGACGAGGCCGCAGCCGUCCGCUGCGCGGCUUGACGAGGACGCGUCUCAGUAAGGACGCCUCCAAGCUGUCCCUGCUGUAUGACGAGAAACUGCUGGACAACGACCCGCUGAGGGACAGCAAGGACGCGGCGUUUGCCCAGAGCUACCUGAACAGGGUGCGCGAGGCGCUGCAAGACUCGCCUGAGCAGGUGCAGGAGUUUGUUUCUUUGCUCGGCGAAUUUGAACAAGCAGGAGACGGACAGGAAGUGACCCGUCUGUUCAGGAAGCUGCGCUGCAUCCUGGGAGAACACACAGACCUGCUGCGGGACUUUGCUGCAUUCCUGCAUCCUGAGCAGGCGCUGCAGUGCGGGCUGUUGGAGGAGCAGCAGGCGUUCGAGCGGAGCAGGCGUUUCCUGCGGCAGCUGGAGAUCAGCUUCGGAGACAAUCCCACUCAUUACCACAAGAUCAUCCGAGCCCUGCAGACCGGACCCGACCCGAGCCCAGCCCACAUCCAGGAGCUGAAGGUUCAGAUGGCGGCGCUGCUCAGAGGCCACACCCACCUGCAGGCUGAAUUCUGGGUAUUCUUCGACGACCUGCGGCCGCCGCCGGCUCGACCCGAACAGUUUGAAGAGGCUCACCUGCCGGAGGAAGGGGAUGGCGCCGAGGGGGGCGGAGCCAACGGCCAGGUGUCGGGAGGCGGAGCCGGCUUCGAGGAAGUGACGCUGCCGGACCUGGACGAGGAGGAGGAGGGGCAUAAAAUCCCACCAAUAAGAAGCCGGCGCCAGAGGAGGAAAAUGGAGUCCCACCGCAGCUACAAGGGCUCUGAUUGGCUCUGCCUCUGUGACGAUGCGACGAUCAGCCGACAUCGGAGGAAACGAUGCUCUCGCUGCCAUGGCAACAAGACGUCUCCAGGUGUGUCCAGAGCCAUGAAGAAUUUGGAUCCUCUCUAUGCCCAGAUAGGCUCCGCCCCCGACCUGCCAGGUGACACACAGCUGCAGGGGGGUCACGGCAGCCCCCGGCCAGAUCAGACUGGUGCAUCAUGGGAAAGUUUUCCUCUCACUGAUGAGAAGGAGGAGGAAGAGGAGCAGCUAAAGGACGAAGAGCAGGAGAGCCCCACCGCAAAGAGGAGGAGAGAGGAAGAGCUCCGAGCGCCGCCUUCCUUCAUCACCACCGACAGCUCCUCCUCUUCCUCGCCUCGGCCCAGCCUUCCUCCUGACCUUCCUGUUUGUGCCAAGAAUAUUUCUCUGACUGCGAGUGGAGAGAAGGUCAUCCUCUGGACCAGGGAAGCUGAUCGUGUCAUAUUGACGAUGUGUCAGCAGGAAGGAGCCAAUCAGAAUGCUUUUCAGGCCAUCUCUAAUCUGCUGGGAAACAAAACUCCCAGUGAGGUUUCUCAGAGGUUUCAGGAUUUGAUGCGAUUGUUUCGAACUGCAGCUCGUCACGCAACCACAGAGGAAGAAGCUCCGCCACUCAGCCAACAGCCAAUGAAACUGCAGACUGACCAAUCGGAGCCGUUCUUGAAGGAUCAGUCUGAGCAUCUGAGUAUUUUAGAGAGGGGGGGGUUCUAUGAAAUUGAUGUUUUUGUAACAAUAAAUAACCUUUUAUAAAAGCCUGGCAUGAAUUUUUACACAACCAGUAAUUAUUUAUUAUGCAUGAAAUUACCUUAAAGGUGAUUGUUGAGGUUGCAAUGCAUUGUGGGUAGCAGAAGAUGGAAACGACGUUUAGGGACCGGAGCCAUUCUGUUCCCUUGGUUCUUCAGGAAGCUGCUAAUCUAUACUUGACAUCAGAUUCUGGUUCAGAUCAGCAGUUUGUGGGUAUGGUUUGUUACAAAGUCAGUACACCCUCAUAUUUCUGCAGAUAUU